UUAUGCUUUUUUUUUUUACACAAGUGUUUGUUCACCGCAGUAUAUUUUGGACAUCCCAUUAAAUUUAAAACGUAGACAGUGCCCACAAAUGUAAGUCGAACGUAGAAACGAAUGAAAUGACGAAUUAUAGCCUAAGCCUAUAUAGUCUAUACCUUUACCAUUUGUUGUCUGUCUGGAGCUAUCAUGCUGAUGCUGUCGGUGUCCUUGACCUCUGACCUGAGAUGGACAGCUCUCACAGCAGCUCAGUGUAUCUGUCUCCGCCCCCCGACCCCAGCUGGAGAAGGAACUGGAACAGUAACUUUGAGACGGACAAGAGCCAGAUAUUCCAGCAGCUGCCGACCACAGCGCUCAACAGGACUAACUCGGACUCGGCGCUGCACACCAGUGUGAUGAAUCCUCCGGCUGGAGACACGUUCUCCUCAGGACUCCGCCGACCGGCUGUCUUCUCCUAUCCUGUUCCUCCCAUCCAGGAGAACGGCCCUAACGACGGACGCCUCCUCAAACCCUGGGACUCCAGAAAGCUGUCGCUGCUCUCUUCACGACCAAAGUCCUGUGAGGUGCCAGGAAUCACUGUGUUUGCGUCUCCGGACCAGCAGGGCGGCGCUCCUCACGGCCCGAUGGUGUUGAAUACAGGCGGCUCUCUGCCGGAUCUGUCCAGCCUGCACUUCCCGUCCCCGCUGCCGACCCCACUGGACCCGGAUGAGCCGGGAUACCCGUCUGUGAGCGGCAGCACGGGGAACCUGACCUGUACCCUCACGCAGCUCGGCAUCCACAGCCCCAGCGCCUUCCACUCCACAGGUCUGCUGCCGUCUCUGCAGGGCACGUCCAGUAACCCCUCCCUCCAGUCGUCGCUUAGCAACCCCAACAUCCAAUCAUCUCUCAGCGCUCACUCGUUCCACAACUCGCUGAGCUCCGCCUCCCUGCAUUCGUCCCUGAGCAACCCCUCCCUCCAGUCUUCGUUAAGCUCCUCCCCCUCGCUGAGGUCAUCGCUCAGCAGCCAGUCGCUGCAGUCGUGGCUCAGUAACUCCUCCCUCAGCGGCUCCUCCUCUGCGCUGCAGCCGCAGACGAGCUCAUCCCCGCGCAGACGAGCGCAGCUGACCCCGGUGAUCAUGCCUGCAGACACACGCAGACAUCACCCCAAACAGUUCUCCCCCACCUCCUCAUCCCUUAGCUCCAUCACGCAGGGUGUGGCUCUGGACACCAGCAGGCUGCAGGUGGAUCAGAGGUCGUCUCCGUAUUCUUUUGCCCAGCAGCAGCAGCAGCAGGUUCAGAAGGGUCUGGGUCUUCACCUGCACAGCAUGCAGAACCUGCCAAUGAAGCGGUCGAGCUCCGGUCAGAACCAGAACCCCAGCCCCGUGAGUUACAGGCCUGCAGACGCCUCGCAGACGCUCCCUCCUCUACAGCAGAUCAGUCCGGCUCUCAGCGGAGAUCUGGACCUGUACAGCGACACAAUGUUCCUGAACUCACUGCUGGACGACCCAUACCUCAGCCUGCAGAUACGCCAGAACCAACAGUUGAGUGUGGACUCUCAGCUGGAGGCUGUGAAUCAUGACGGUGGUUCUGCUGUGGUUCUGAAGGCUCAGAGCGGCUCGUAUCAGGGUCAGCCGGCGCCGAUGGAGUUGCUGGACUCAUCGGAACAACAGAUGAUCAACCAGAGCUACACAGACGGGCGGCACCCCGUGCCCAACAUCAUCCUGACUGGAGAUUCCUCAGGACUGUCUAAGGAGAUCACGAGUGCGCUGUCGUGUGUCCCGGGCUUCGAGAUGGACCCGUUCUCGUCUGACAACCCGCUGGCGCUGGGGGGUCUGGGCAUGCUGACAGACGGUGACCUGAUGCUGGCUGACCCCGCCGUGGAGGACUCCUUCCGCUCUGACCACCUCAAGUGACUCGAGAACACACGCUUGAACCCUGAGCUUCUGCCCUUUAAUGCUACGCUUCUCAGACGAUCAAAGCCGCACCGGCCACUUCCUGUUACAGAUGACCAAUCACAGCCACGUGCCUCCACCGAUCGCUGCUCAGGCGCUUCAGUCCCAGCAUGCACUGCACCACACCAGGUUAAUGCUGAACCCACUCGUGCGCUUAAGUCGCUGUUUCGUUCAGAUGUGACGAGUGAGACACUUUAUUUGAUCUGUUUGAUGUCUCAGCCAAUCACGUGAGUUUGGGGCGGGGCUAUCGGUCUGACUGACCAAUGACAGACAGGGAAAUAAUCAUGCACCGUGGCCGUGUUCAGAACAGCAUACUAUCAUACUGCAGUAUACAGCACACACACUGUACUGCGUGCGUGCAAAACAAAAUGCAUUGUGCUUUCUCCUGACAAUGCAAAAUAAAUUUAGAUUUUUAUUUCCGUGCAAUGAUGCACACUAUCGAUUGAAGCACUUAUUGUGGAAUAAUUGACCUACAUUUUUAAUGUAAUUAUAUUUAUGUUUUUAAUAUGUUACUAUGAAAAA